GAGGUCGUGUCAAGGGGGACGGGUGUGGUGACGUGGGAAGCUGCCGUGCGCCACCCGCGUCGUCUCCCGCAGCGACCAGCGUGGCGCCGGCCGGUACCCACCGCUUCCGGGCGCCCCUUCCCUCCCUCCCUCCCUCCCUGUAUUUCUAGCACCGCCCCGCGCCUUCCACCUCCCCAUCUCCUCUGUUUCCCACCCCUCCUGCAGCCCUACACUCCUACUGGGAAGAGGCCGGCCGAGCCGCUACCGUUGCAUCUGAAGAUCUAGUGGCCACGUCUGCUUCCCCUGCUCUCCGAUCAUUCUGGCCUUCCCCGCCUCGCCGCCGGCUGGCGCAUCAACCAACGCGCGGGCACGGGAGGAUGCAUGCACCGUUCUUGUCUCCGGUUUUCUCCUCCGUAAGGGCUCUCCCAUAGAAAACGGUUAAGUAGAUGCAAGCCUGCAACACCUGUUUCUCGGCAACGUUUUCGCAAGCUCGUCGAAGCCUGCCCUGUGAGGCUGUGACUGACUGUCCGGGAUGACCAAGAUCAGCUGCUUCUCUGGUCUGCUCGGCGGCAAGAGGAAGAAGACAUCAAAGGUUACGAGCAAGAAGGUUAAUGGCAACGACUGUCCGAAGGUGAAGCCAGUGGAGUUCAUGGACACGGACACUAUCGACGUCAGCAAAGGCGGUGGCAACGCCGCAACAUGCGACACAAAGGUUGUCGUUCACGCAGCCGCCGAGUUGGCACGACAUGGCCGUGACGAGAACGACGACAAGGCCUCAGCUAAGAGGGCCCCGUCUGACGAAGACCUGGUCGCCGACGAAGACUCGUCCGGUUACAACAGUGAUAACACCGGCAAGAAUCCUAAGAGCGCUGAACCGGACUCUGGCGAGUCCAGCGUUGGCCGCAUGGCUCCAACGGCUUCACCAAAGCUGAAGGGCCUGAAGCGCUCGUGCUCCAACAUCGAGGCGGCGAGGUCUGUCCCGAAAGGGUUCGACCUGCCGGCCAAGUCACGUUCCUACGACGACCUAAAGACCUUGCCUUCGGGAAGGUUGAUCACCCCUAGCGCCGCGCCGGACGCGAGCCCGACGACGUCCGUGAGGACGUCGUGCUCCGCCGACCACGUCAUGCUGAAGAAGCGGUCGUCGAGGCAGGUGCUCCCGUCCCGGAGCCGGAAGUUGUGGUGGAGGCUGUUCCUCUGGAGCCACCGUGACCUGCACCGGCCGGGCGCGAACGCGACCGUACCAGCGCUUCCAUCGGCGGACACAGACGGCGCGCCCCACCAGCACGACGGGUACACGUCCGACACGCUGGACGCGGUCACCGCGGCCACUGCGGACGCCAAGAACAAGGAGGUCGCCAUGGAGGAGGAGCCGAUUCCGAACCAGUGGGUGGCGUUCUCAGCCGAGGCCUCGUCGCUGGACCGUGUCAGCGCGUGGGUGAACAGCCUCGGGAACGGCUCCUUCCACGUCGUCGACGAGGAGGAUGUCACGGAGAACGACGUCGCGGCGGCUCGCCCGCAUUUCUCUGAGAUCGGGGAGUCGUCGACGGCGGGCAAGAAGCGCGCGCAAGCGAAGCGGCGCACGGCGGACGAGGCUGUCCAGACGAACAGCAUCGUGCAGACGCUUAACACGUUCUCCUCCGUCGUGCACAUCUCCGGCAUGGGGCUCAAGGUCGUCCCGAUGAUCUCGGCGUUCUCCAGCCUCCGGGCAAUCAAUCUGUCUGGCAACUUCAUUGUUCAUAUCUCCCCCGGAUCAUUGCCCAAAGGCCUGCACUCGCUCGAUCUGUCGAGGAACAAGAUUGCCAGCAUCGAGGGGCUCCGGGAGCUGACGAGGCUGCGCGUGCUCAACCUCAGCUACAACCGGAUCUCACGGAUCGGGCAUGGCCUGUCGAGCUGCACGGCGAUCAGGGAGCUCUACCUCGCCGGGAACAAGAUCAGCGACGUCGAAGGGCUCCACCGCCUGCUCAAGCUCGCCGUUCUGGACGUGAGCUUCAACAGGAUCACCACGGCCAAGUCCCUGGGCCAGCUCGUGGCCAACUACAGCUCCCUGAGGGCCCUCAACCUGCUCGGGAACCCGGUCCAGACCAACAUCAGCGACGACACGCUCCGCAAGGCGGUGUCAGGCCUGCUCCCGCGGCUGGAGUACCUGAACAAGCAACCCGUGAAGCCGCAGCGCGCGAGGGAGGUGGCCAAGGACAGCGUCGCCCAGGCGGCGCUCGGGAACGGGGGGUGGAGCUCGCGGAGGCGGCUGGCACGGCGGGUGAGUCAGAGCCCCGGAUCGUCGUUGAAGAGCCGGGGCAGGCAGGGCGGCGGCAGCCACAUGGGCAGCAGGAGCAGGUCCAACACCAGGCCCCAGAGCUCGAGCCUCUCAAGGAGGUGAGCGACUGCGUCACAUUGACGCGGGACAGUGUUUGAAUUGGAUGCAAUUGUGCCAUAUUGACACGGGAUGGUGUCGAAUUGUAGGGGGAGAAAAUGCAUGAGUUUACACUGGCUUGCCGUGACUGAGAUAAAUAAUAAUAAUGCGCGUUACUAGCCGUAACUCAAUGUGAAUGAAACUUGCAAAAGAGCAAUUCUUG